AUGAAGAGUGUGGAAAAUGUAGAGUGUGGAAAAUGUAGAGUGUGGAAAAUGAAGAGUGUGGAAAAUGAAGAGUGUGGAAAAUGUAGAGUGUGGAAAAUGUAGAGUGUGGAAAAUGUAGAGUGUGGAAAAUGAAGAGUGUGGAAAAUGAAGAGUGUGGAAAAUGUAGAGUGUGGAAAAUGAAGAGUGUGGAAAAUGUAGAGUGUGGAAAA